GAGGAGAGGAGCAGUCAGCAGGCCCGAGGAGGCAGGACUUCCUGGUGUGGGGGUUGUCAACAGCCCAGAAAGAGAAAGACCGAGAGACAGAGGCUGAGAGCAGCCAAGGGGCAGAGAGACAGACCCAGUGGGGCCACGCAGGAGGAGACUUGGAGACGCACUUGUGCAGACCACCAAGGCCGACUGCCACUUGGAGCUUUGCGGGGCUGAGCCGCCCUCUCCCACAUCAGCUGGGAGACCCUUGGGGCUUCAGAGGCCGCGUCUGGGCUCCAUCGAGGAGGUGCAGGUUCCUUUUCUGGAGAGCAAACUUUCCACAGAGAUGCCUCGCAGGGUGAGGUGCAGCCCCCGAAGAGGACUGGGCAGCCUCUGAUCGCAGUCUGUGUGCCCCCCACUGCCCAGGGCCAGGAGGCCACAGGGAAAGGACAUCCCGAUAUCAUAGGCACGGGGACCCCCGGCUCAGCUCAGUGGACGAGGCCCGAGAGUUUGCAAACUCAGCUCUGGAGUUCGGCGGCAACAGCAGCAGCAGGAAAAACCUGCCCCCGCCCCCCCUCCCACUGCCUUCCCUACCCUGUCUUCUCUUCACCUACCAGGCACCCCCAGUUCUCACAGGGACCUCCCGCAUGUCAGACCCAGACGUCCCCAGGGGCCCUGAUGCCCCCACCAUGUGGCCUCCCUGUUCCAGGGGUGCCUGAGCCCCUUCAAGGAGACCCCGCCCCCUCCAUCCCCUACCUUGGCCCAGUCCUGAGCCCUAGGGACAAUGAGUGGGGGCAAGAAGAAGAGUAGCUUCCAAAUCACCAGUGUCACCACGGACUAUGAGGGCCCAGGGAGCCCAGGGGAUUCAGAUCCCCCUGCCCUGCCGGCCCCCACCGGGCCCCCUCCCCGUCUGCCCAAUGGGGAGCCCAUCCCUGAUCCAGGGGGCAAGGGCACCCCCCGGAAUGGCUCCCCACCACCACCUGGGGUCCCCGCCUCCCGUUUCCGGGUGGUGAAGCUACCCCAUGGCCUGGGAGAGCCUUAUCGCAGAGGUCGUUGGACGUGUGUGGAUGUUUAUGAGAGAGACCUGGAGCCCCCGAGCUUUGGCCGGCUCCUGGAGGGAAUUCGAGGGGCCUCGGGAGGUACCGGGGGCAGAUCUUUGGAUUCCAGGUUGGAGCUGGCCAGCUUGGGCCUGGGCGCCCCUACCCCACCGCCAGGCCUGUCUCAGGGCCCUACCUCCUGGCUCCGCCCACCCCCCACAUCCCCUGGACCUCAGGCCCGCUCCUUAACCGGGGGGCUAGGCCAGCUGGUAGUGCCCAGCAAGGCCAAGGUAGAGACACCCCCGCUGUCAGCCUCCCCACCCCAGCAGCGCCUCCCAGAGCCUGGGACCGGGGAUAGCGCGGGCACAUCCCAGGCCGCCACGCCCCUGCCCUCCCUGAGGGUGGAAGUGGAGGCUGGGGGCUCCACAGCAGGGACCUCUCCCCUGUCUAGAAGGAAAGAUGGGGCCACACGGCUGAGGAUGGAGUUUGUUGCUCCUGAGGAGACAGGGCAGGUGCCCCCCCUUGACUCUCGCCCCAGCUCUCCAGCCCUCUACUUCUUUCCCGAUGCCAGUCUGGUUCACAAGUCUCCAGACCCCUUUGGAGCAGCAGCAGCCCAGAGCUUCAGCCUGGCCCGCUCCAUGUUGGCCAUCAGUGGUCACCUGGACAGCGAUGAUGACGGUGGCUCCGGAAGCCUGGUUGGCAUUGACAACAAGAUUGAACAAGCCAUGGACUUGGUGAAGUCCCACCUCAUGUUUGCAGUCCGGGAGGAGGUGGAGGUGCUGAAGGAGCAGAUCCGGGACCUGGCUGAGCGGAAUGCCGCACUGGAGCAGGAGAAUGGACUGCUGCGGGCCCUGGCCAGCCCAGAGCAGCUGGCCCAGCUGCCCUCCUCGGGGGUCCCACGGCUUGGGCCCCCUGCACCCAAUGGGCCUUCUGUCUGAGCCUCCCUUCCCUCACAAUGUGCCUUUGGGGGCUGCCAUGGCUGCCAGGCCUUGUGCCAGCUGCCUGCCCCCUCUUCCUAUGCAGCUUUAAUGCGCCCUGAUCCCCGGGGAUGGGAGUUCAAGGCUCUGCAUCGGUCUGUCCCCCCACUCUACCCCCACCUCACCAUAGUCCCCAGGCCUUGAUGGAGGAGGGAGGGCUUCAGGGCUGGGUGUUAGAUGGAGCCCCCUUCCCCAAGGGAUCCUGGUCCCCCCUCCUCCCUCCCUAGGUAUCAGUGUUCUGGGACCCCCAGCAGUAGAUGGUUUGGGGGAGUUGGAGCCUCCCUGGCAGACAUCCCAUCCCCGCCUUGUUCCCUCAUAGUGCCCCCUCUUCUCUGCCCAGUGGAGGGAGUAUGGACAGUAUCUGGAAGUUCUGGGAUUCAGGUUGUUAUUAAAAUAAUAAUUAUAAUUAAAAACUCUGAAGAAACUUGAAA